CAGCACCUGAAGGCAACGGGGAAGGCGCGUUCCACGGACCUCUCGUGUAUCUGACAGUUGCACAUAGCGGAACGUUUAUCGCAUCCAGGCUCAGACAAACGGCAGGAGCCCUUCGGUUCUUUAUAUCCGAUACGGUUUAACUGAAAACGGAAUUUCUUAUUUUAAAACGACUCAAGUUGUUGUCAUAUUUUUCUACCGUUUGCAAAUGCUUCAAGGGUUCACCUUUGAGUGCCGCUCUGCCAUAAUGUACGGGUUAGCUCGCUAACGUUAGCCGGGAGCUAGCAUCCACAGUUCGGAGAAAGUAACGGAGUACGCGUUUCUUCGGCUACUUGGGAGUCGUCAGAGGGAAUUAAAACAUGGAGAAAAUGAAAGAGCUAUGCCACUGCCUCCAGGAUCCUCACCUUGUUGCCCGCUUUCAGAACAUUUGCGGGGUACGGGGCACGUUUACGACCACCAGCAGCAGCAAGGUAGCGGACCGGGCUCACUCGCACAACAACGGCGCUUGUCAUCAUCGCGUCGCCGGAGAGGAUGACCGUGAAAACUUGUCCAAUGUAGGAGCUGGGGAAGGAGAGAAAAUGCAAACGGCGUCAGCGAAGCUUCGGAGAAGGAUUGCGGACUCUAACGUUGCUAAUAACUUUAAAGAUGAAGGUGAAACCCCGUCACAGAACGGGACAGCGGUGUCUGCGGCGACCGCCGGGGGAGAGAGGGUUGGUGUGGGCAGCAGCCUCGCGGGACCGGGCGUCCGCAGCGGGUCCGCGCAAGAUUUAUCCCGGGCAGCCAAUUGUGAGGAGAGCCAGGUCGGAGGAGUCUUGGGUCCCCCACGGAGCAGCAAGGUAAAGCCACUCCGCAAGAAUUCUCUAACGGGCGACGGCGGGCAGGAGUUCCUGAUCGACAACCGCUUCUUGUACUAUCUCUUCACUUUCGGAACCGAGCUGGGAAACGAGACUUUCUACAUCACUUUCUUCCCAUUCAUAACGUGGAACGUGGAAGCCUUCGUCAGCAGGCGACUGAUCAUGGUGUGGGUCUGGGUCAUGUACCUGGGACAGUGUACCAAGGAUGUGCUCGGCUGGUCCCGACCGGCCUCACCGCCUGUGGUCAAAGUGGAGGUGUUUUACAACUCCGAGUACAGCAUGCCGUCCACGCACGCCAUGUCCGGCACAGCCAUCCCCUUCGCCCUGUACUUCAUGACCUACGGCCGUUGGGAGUACCCGUCCACACUGGGAUUCAUCUUGGCUCUCUGCUGGUGUCUGCUGGUUUGUUCCAGCCGAAUCUACAUGGGAAUGCAUUCGGUGCUGGACGUCAUCGCUGGGUUUCUGUACAGCAUCCUCAUCCUGUGCUUCUUCCUGCCGAUACUGGACCUGAUCGAUGGCUUCAAUUUGACCUGCCGCUACGCUCCAAUCGUCAUCAUCUCCCUCCACCUGGGCCUGGGCCUCUUCUCCUUCACCCUGGACACCUGGAGCACCUCUCGUGGUGACACCGCUCAGAUCCUGGGCACUGGUGCCGGCAUUGCCUUGGCUUCCCAUGUCAACUACCACCUGGGCCUGAUGCCCGACUUGACACCAGACCAGCUUCCCCUCAGCAUGCCCGCACUUAGCCCCAGCCUGGUGGCUGUUGUAAUGUUGCGGCUCGUUGUGGGAGUGCUGGUGCUGUUGGCCACGCGGGCGCUGAUGAAGGCCAUCACCAUCCCACUGGUGUGCAGAGCGUUCAGAGUGCCCACUGAUGACCUGAGGAAGGCCCGGCAGCACAUGGAGGUGGAGCUGCCUUACCGCUACAUCGUCUACGGGACAGUGGGCUUCAACGUGAUCUUCCUGGUCCCGCUGCUCUUCAGCUACAUGCAGCUCUCCUGAUUGGAUGUUACUUGACUGUGUGGCCAGUCAAAGUGAAGUAAAAACCUAAAUGCUGUCAUCAGAUCAGUUUUGCUGCUUGUUUUCAUCCACAGCCUAAUCCCUAGCUGGAGGUUGCUGGGUUUGGGACUGAUGAAGGUACAUUAAAGCCUAAUUGCUGAUCUGGAUGUAGAGUUUUUAUCAGAUUUUUUGUUUUUGUUGUCUCAGGUUACUUUUAAAGACGGGUGAAUCCUGAGCAAUGGAAAAUGGGCUUAGACUGUUAACAGUUCACUAGCGAUAUCUCUUUGUUCUUUAGAUUUAUUUAAGAGUAAAAUCCAGUCAGAUAAUGCUUUGACACUCUCAGAGCUGGAAAGUCACUCCUCAAAUUCAAAAAAGCAUUUCAACAGUGGCCUCUAGAAGACUAAAAAUGCAGGUCAUGACCACUAACAGAUGAUGUGCGUUAGUAUUUGCAUUGUUAUGACUGAUGUUGUUAUUAAGAGCUCAGGCAAAGAACCAUAGAAGUAUUUUUUUAGGAAAACUUAAAUUAUUCCAACAACUCAAGUGAAUAAUAAAUCUUCAAACGCCUGACAGAAAAUGUUGAAAAUAAAAAGACUUAGUAAGUCUCACUAACAGUCUGAAAGCCAAAGAUAUCCAGGCACAUGAUGAAUAAAUAAAUAAAAUAGAAAGUCUUCUUUUAGUCAGAUGUCCAGAUGGAUCAAUGGCAGAAUGAGUUUGGGUUGUAAAUUAAGUGCUUAGUUUAACUAGUUUAAAGAAUGUUGUAGUUUGAGUUCAGUGUCACUGUUGAAACUUUGUGUGGUUCUUUGUCUAGUAGCCUCUUAAUGUUUCUGUUUGAUUAUACUCUCCUUUGUCUCAAUUCUUAAAGCAAUAAGAGACCUUUCAUUUUAUGAUUCCUGUGUUCCUCUACUGGAUCGGAGGAACAUUUAGUCUUUAACCUCUGAACACCCUGCCUGUGGAGAGGAAACCAGUUUGAUUAAAGUUUUUGAUUUGUUGUUACGUCUCUGAUGUCUGAGAAUUCAGCCACAUUGUUUUUUUUCAGGAGGUUAGAUUGUGUUUUCUUAAAGGGCUUUCCCCACUAUUUGAGUUCUGAGUUUGACUGCUAUUCCUGCAACCCGAUGGGAGAAAAAAGAAAUACCAGGCACAUACUGUACGAUGCAAAAGGAAAGGAGAAUGCAUCGCUUUGUUUGGGAAAUGUACAGAGAGGGUUUUAAUGGUUUUAUUUUGUUCUCUAAGAAUGACUGGAGCACUCAGCUCAGCCUGGUUUUUUUUAAUUUUAUUUUUAAACACUGUAAACUUGCUUCCUAUUAGAGAUGUCGGCUCACAUCCACUUCCUGUUCUUAGCUGAGGUUCUUUUGCUGAUGUCAGGUGGGAGGAGGUGGUGGAGAUAAACCGUCCGGAGGGAAGUUUUCUCAUGUUUCUAAAAUUGGAACUCCAUUGACAACUUUUUUGUGCACAACAGGCGCGUUCUAAAAAUAUUAGAAAGUAUUCGACUACAAGUGCAACAUUAUUCACUGUUUUAUCAUGCAUGAAUUUGAUACUUGAUUCUAUAAAUGUAGGAAAAUUUUGUCUUCAAAUUUUGAAUACAAAAUUGCUCCAGAAAAGCGGCGUGAACGUGAACUUUUUAAGUGCCUUUGACAAAAGUAAUCAAACACAUGGUUGCCCUGAGAAGUCAAAUGCACUGCAACAUAAGGAAACGCCAGCAAAUAGAAAAACAAUCCAGAAAGCACACAAAACACAACAGAAGUUGAACAAAAUGCAAUGGAAGUAAACAAAGAAAAUCACACAAAUCACAAAAGAUAUGCUUCUGGGGAGGUGAUAACAUGAUGGAACAGCUACACAUGUGACAGAAACCAAAACAUGUCAACUUUUGCACCGAGACACUAAAAAGAAGCAGAGUUGUUGUAUAACAUGGAGAAAAGUAUGCAAAGUACAGUAUUACUGAUCCUGUAAUACUGUGCAUACAUGUUUGCUAUCAGCUGUUUACCAUCAGGUUAUCACUUCCAUCCGUCACAUUAUUGUUUCCCCAAAAGCACAUCUGUUGUGUUUUAUGAGGAUUUUUGAGGUUUUGCUGCAUUUUGUUUUUUUUCUAUUUUCAUUGUGAAAGAACUAUUUGAUUCAAAUGUAGCUUGGUAAGAUGUCAGAGCAGAAUCUAUCAUCGUAAGACUCUGGUGAUGUUAAACUUGUUAAAAAGCAUUUUACAUUUGCAAUAAAAAAAAAAAGCUUCCACUCGGACUCUUACCCGAACUCCUCCACACCACAACUAGUGAUUAAUUGGUUAAUUAGUUGAUUAACAAAGCUUCCUUCGACCACUCUAACCUGAACCUGAGUAUAAAGACUGAGGCCAGGAGCCCAGAUGCCUGCUUCCUGUUUCUAAGCUGUGUGUGCCUUGCUUAAAGGCACAUUUAAAAAAAGUUUUUCUCCCAGCAGGAUGCUGCCAUUGACACACAUUUCUUUAGUCUUAAUUUCUUUUUUUUCUUCUUUUUUUUU